CCGACCAUCACCGGUACUUCAACUCUCGCUCCCCCCUAAACUCGAAUUCUACGGUGUAGAAUCCAAGAAAAGAAGAAAAGAAAAGAUCAAACCACAUCUCCAAUGCCCAACAUCGCCAAACACGAGUCCGUCAUCCAGGCACUCAAAGACGGCACGCACCAUGUCCUCGGCCUAAACAUCAACGGGCAACAAGUCUCCCCAGGGACGAAAAUCGACAAAAAGGACACCCAAAAACCACCAACCCUCUCAACACCCGCGGCCCUCCAACUCCCAGCAGGAGCAACCUACACAGCCAUCUCCAUCGACAUAGACGCACCAUUCGCCUCAUGGAACGCCCUCUCGCCCAUUUCUCACUGGGUCCAGUCUGGCUUCAAGGUCGUCGAGAAUAACCAGUCAGAAUCACUGGGAAGUAGUAAUAGUCUUAAUCUUAAGAGCGACGACGAAGCGAUUAUGUCCUGGAUCCCUGCUGGUCCGCCGCCUGGGGCUGCGCCGCAUCGGUAUCUUUUCUUGCUGUAUAGCCAGAAGACUGGAUCGAGCAUUCCCCCGGAUUUUUUGGGGAGGGAGCAUGGUUUGAUGCAGAGAGUCAGGUUUGAUGUUGAUGGGAUGGUGGAGAGGUUGGGGCUGGGAGAGAUUGUGGCUGUGAAUUAUUUUGUUGCGAAUUAGUUUCGUAUAUACCUGAUAAGAAGCUGGACUAAGCACUGUUAUAUUUGUAUAGAGGGUAUAUAUUCACUGUUAAGUAAUCCUCAAUAACGUCCAGACAAACCACCAGGCUCACUAGUGAUAAGGCCUCUUCCCCUUCCCCUCCAAAACCUCUGCAAAAUAUUCCCGGAAAGAAACCAGCUUCAGGUCUGGGUAGAGCUCUCUCGCGUCCAGAUACCCCAAAUACUUUGCAUACCGGGGCUGGUUAUCCCCUCGGACAUACUUGCUAUAUAUAUACUGCACAAUAUAGACGGGGAGGCGCUUCGCUGGAUCAGUCGGAUCAAGAGAAAGAGCUGCCAGAGCAUCCUCUAGCCGUUUCUCAAUAUCCUGCGCGGUGUC